AUGUCCCUAACGCCACAAAUAAGGAAACAGAUGAUGGGCCUAAACGCCAAUAUGCUCAAUAGCUUGGCAAUCAACUUGGGGCUGCUGACGUCGGUCAACAAACAGCUAAGAAUCGAUGCCAUGACACAUUCCUUAGAUCCGUUCAUAAAGGUCGCAAACAUUCGUAGAAAUGAGCCACUACGCGUGGUGUCGGUGGACGUUGGAUUGAAGAACUUUGCCUAUUGCAAAAUGUCGUACGACAAAAAUGUCGCCACCUUGCACAACUGGGAUGUCUCUGAUCUCAAUGUUAGAUACGGAAAACUUGAUCCAAUCUACAAGAGAUACGUGCACAAAGUACCGUCCAGUCAGGAGUAUCACUUGAAAGAGGUUGUUGAUUUGAUUAUCAGCGAUACUGUAGAUUCCAAGCUGUAUUUGUCUAGAUUGGCGGUGUCAGUCGUUGAUGAGAUUCUCUUGUCCCAGGACUUCGUCCCUCACGUCAUCACUAUCGAAAGUCAGCGAAUUCAGAAUAAGUACAACAAGUCCGCUUUACCACCCGUGUUAGCAAGCUACAUGUUGGAGCACAUGAUUUAUGCGGUGUUGAAUGCUCGAUUAAACCCCAACAAGGAAGAAACUGUGAUCUUUCCUAUAAGACCUAACAAGUUGGUGAACUUCUGGCUCUCGAGAUUUGUUACCAAAAAGGCAAAAAUGACCCCAGCACGCUCAAAGGAAAUGCGAGCUCUGCUUAUAUACUCAUGGAUCGAGGAUGAACAGUUCUCACCCUACGAUAUAUCUUCUCUCAGACUGCGGAUGCCUGAAAACUUCAGUACCUUGAAGCAGCGUCAUAAACUCAAAGCAUUUUUGGAUGUAAUGGAUUCCAAAAUUAUUCCCACAAAAGAAGAUGACUUGGUCGAUAGCUUUCUCUACAAUGUCGGGUUUGCUAAACAAUUCGAACACAUACAAGAGUUCCUUGAAUGUGAGCCAUCAUCUGACAAAUACCGAGAAAUGAUUUUGAGAUGGAACCAAGAGCAGAUACUGUAUCUUCGAGGCUCAGUGGAACCUAGUCUCUUGACAUUGUCAAGCAAAAACUCCCUAUAG